AUGAAUCAACAAAGUAAUUUGGUAUUCAUGCUAAUCGCCCUGGCGUUAAUAGCGAGCACAGAAGCCUUUUUCCUGAAAUGGGGUUCAGAUUCUGGAACACCACAGCAAAAAUGGAUACAGUCACUACCACCGAACAUGUCUCCAUCCUACAGAUACCAGUACAUCUAUCCUUACGAGUCGCGAAAGGUGUACCAGCCCCAACAGUACGUGCAACCAGAAGUCCAACUACAGCAAAACAUGGCUCCAAUCCCAAUAAGUGUUCCCGCCGGGGCUAGCCUAACGCCCGUAUCCCUUCAACACGUUCAAUUGGUACCUUGUAUGUGCCCAGUGGCCCCUGAAGAAGCCGAGAAGCUCCAGGAACAGAGUCCCGGACCGUACGUGGCUCAAACUUACACCCAAAGCUACGCCGUACCGCAACAAGUGUCGGUCGCGGAGUCACCGAAGACUCAAACACAACAAUAA